AUGUUAUGCGCAAGCGAACUACAACCUUAUGGUAGGAGGAUGUUCCGUAAUGUGAUUGGUCGAAUUGCUGCUAGCGCUGCAGGAGUGCAGAUGUGUGCAGCUGGUGUCGCCCUCACGGACAAGCAGCUGUCCAAGAAGCCGGAAUGGUAUCGGAAAGAUGUCCUCGCGUUGGAAGACACUCUGAAGCGAAUGGGCCGCCACGGUUACAAUACUUCUCCAAUGCUUGUGAAUGAUGCCUAUGAAACUCUCAAAAAAUAUGCUCACAUUUCUAAUAUCGAAAUUCACUGGCGGAUGGCUAGAGCAUUGAUAGAAAAGUCUUAUUUUACCAAGUGUCCAACUGAAAGGGAGCAUUUAGUUCAUGAGGCUAAGGAAUGCGCAAAGAAGGCCCUGUCCUUUGAAACCGAGAAGCCUUGCGCCGGAGCCCACAAAUGGUAUGCCAUCGCCCUUUCAGCUGUGGACGAACUUAAUCCUAAAGCCGAUCACUCGACCGAAAUUGUGAAGCACUUGGAGAUAGCCGUUAGCCUCGAUCAGGACGACGCUUAUGCAGCGUUCCUGUUGGGUGUUGCUCACUACAAGAAGAAGAAUUAUGAAGAAGCGCUUUCUCAUUUCCAGAAGGCCGAAUCUAUCAAGAGCAAUUUCUCAACAAGUAACCUGUACUACAUGGGCAUGGCUCAUCACUCGUCUGGCAACAAGGAAGAAGCAAGAAAGUGUUUCAUCGCUUCAUAUAAACUCCACGCGCAUAACGAGCACGAACUCAAGUCACGAGCGCUAGCGAAAGCAAUGUUGAUGAAGUUGAAGGUGAAACGAGAAGAGUACGAAGUGGAACAAUACUGA